UGCAAUUUAGUUAACACGGUUACUUGAAAUUUCAUUGAAACUAUUGUUUUACCAUAUGAUUGGCGAGAAAUGUUGUUAAAUUUUAGUUUCUGUACCAUGACAAAUCCCAAAACAAUUUUGCAGCACUUUAUUCUGUGUCAAAUUAAGCCAAACUUCUUUCAGCAUUAUCAUCAAACAAACAUUCCUCUGCUUGGAGCAAAUUGGAAAUAGUAUCCUUCUGCAACUAAUCGCUUGCAUGUUUGGAUCUCUAAUUCUUGAAACAAAGGAAAUAGUGGACUGAGAUGGAAGUUGGGGAUCUUUUAACUUCUGCUGGAAUCAAUAUUGCUAUAUGUGUUGUGCUUCUGACAUUGUAUUCCAUACUGAGGAAACAACCAGUAAAUGCAUGUGUAUAUUUUACACGGAAGCUUGUUUUGGAACCGAUAAGCGGAAUUGGUGAUCUUAGCUGCCUUACAAGAUUUGUACCCUCUGCAGGCUGGAUCGCCAAGGCCUGGCAAGCAACAGAUGAAGAAAUUUUGGCCGUCGGUGGCGUGGAUGCUGUAGCUUUCAUGAGAAUAGUUGUUUUCAGUAUUCGGGUAUUCAUCAUUGCUGCUAUAAUUGGCCUUUUUCUAGUGCUUCCAGUAAAUUACAAUGGACAAGGAAAGCAUCACAAGGAAAUCCAAUUAGAAUCAUUGCAAGCAUUUGCAAUUACACAUGUAAAAGAAGGUUCAAAAUGGUUUUGGAUCCAUUUUCUUGCAUUAUACCUCAUAUCCUGCUCAGCUUGUGUUCUACUUUACUUUGAGUAUAAAAGUAUCACUCAAUUGAGGCUAGCACAUAUUACUGGAUCCCCUCCCAGUCCAAGUCAUUUCACAGUUCUAGUGCGUGGCGUACCCUGUUCACCAGAUAAUUCAUACAGUGCGACAGUGGAACAGUUCUUUUCAACUUAUUACGCAGAAAGCUAUUUGUCCCAUCAGAUUGUGUAUGGAGCUUCUACAAUUGAUAAAUUAGUGAAGGAUGCCGAGAAGAUCUACAGAAUGCUAAAAACCAUUAACCCACGAUAUCUAGACAGUUCUUUGCCCUCUUUUCUUCCCGGAGGAACUACACAUUCCUUUAUGGUGCUUAAGCAUAGAGCUUUGAGUACGACCAGUAUGGAUCGGUUGCAACCAAGUCAAAAUAAAAAGGAAUUCCCAGCUGCUUUUGUUUUCUUCAAGACUCGUUAUGCUGCACUUGUUGCUGCACAAGUUCUUCAAUCAUCAAAUCCCAUGCUAUGGGUGACAGAACUUGCCCCAGAGCCACAUGAUGUUUAUUGGUCAAACCUCUCCAUACCGUACAAACAAGUCUGGUUCCGUAAAAUAACAACUCUUAUAGCCUCGGUUGUUUUUAUGUUCGUGUUUCUUGUUCCUGUUACACUUGUGCAAGGCUUGACCCAACGAAAGCAGCUCGACAACCUAGCAAGUAGAUUUCCUUGUAUUGAAGGAAUCUUAAAACAGAAGUUCAUACACGGGGUGGUAGCAGGUUACCUACCAAGUGUUAUUCUGAUGUUGUUUCUUUAUACUGUUCCACCAAUCAUGAUGUUGUUUUCUGCAAUGGAGGGAAACGUUUCGCGUAGUCAAAGGAAACGGAGUGCUUGCAUUAAAGUUCUUUACUUCAUGAUUUGGAAUGUCUUCUUUGUUAAUGUUAUUUCUGGAUCCAUACUCAGGCAAUUGGGUGCUGUCUCAAGUGUUGCAGACAUACCUACAACACUUGCCAAAGCAGUGCCAAACCAGGCUACCUUCUUCAGUACUUACAUUUUAUCCUCAGGCUGGGCAAGCUUGUCCUGUGAAAUAAUGCAACCUUUCCCUCUUCUCUGCAAAUUUUUCAGAAAAUUCAUUCUAAGAAAAAAUGACGAACCUUCUCAUUAUGCUUUAACAUUCCCUCACCAUACUGAAAUUCCGCGGCUUCUUCUGUUUGUACUCAUCGGCUUCACGUAUUCUAUCAUGGCACCAACAAUAUUACCUUUCUUGCUGAUUUUCUUCUGUCUUGCUUUCCUUGUUUAUCGAAACCAGAUUCUCAAUGUAUAUGUACCAAAAUAUCAAAGUGUGGGAGAAUUCUGGCCUGUUGUUCACAACGCUAUAAUCUUAACCUUGUUGUUGAUGCAAGUUAUUGGCCUGGGGAUCUUUGGCUUAAAAAAGUCACCGGUUGCUUCCGGUUUCGUCAUUCCCCUAAUAGUGCUUACACUCCUCUUCAACGAAUACUGUAGGCAGAGAUUUUCCCCUGUGUUCAAGAGGAGACCUGCACAGAUUCUUAUAGAGUUGGAUCAACAAGACGAGCAACUGGGGAGGAAAGAAGAGAUUCAUAAUCAAAUACGUUCAGCUUACUUCCAGAACCCGAUAAUAUCGUUUCAGUUGUCGAUUAAUUCCGAGUGGUCGAUGUCUAGAUUCACCUCACGACACCAUGGAGACGAAGAGAGUAGCCAUGGAAUGCAGUUGUUGAAGCCAUCCAGAGUUAGCUGCUGCGUUGGAUUGCCUCCAAGGCUGCAUGUGAAGGUUGUGUUGCAGUGA